AUGGCGAGGACGUGGGUGCGCGAGACGAACGAUCGGCGUCGCGCUUUGACGCCACCCCGCGGCGCGCGCCGCUUUCGCGACGUCAAACUCGCCGGAAUCGUCGAGGGAUUCAUGCGCGCGAGCGCGCGCGCGUCCGCGCGUUCGAUGAAGGACCACGCGCGCGGCGCGAGGACGCGAUGUGGAAGGACACAGGCGCGACCGAUUAUCCAAACGAACCGCUCCGAAACGCUCUUCAGACGCCGGGUCUCGCGCGCGUCCACGGAUGAGGACGGAUACUGGGUUCCGGGACCGUUCUUACGACCCGAGGGAUCGCCCGCGGCGGAGGCGUACACCGGACCGACGGUGUGGCGGUUGAUGCAGGCGGAGCUCGUCGAGAGCGGCGUGGAGCAAAUCGCGCCGGCGAGCGCGAAGGCGAUGUCCGAGAGCGAUGGAUGGACGCUGUUGGACGUGCGACCGACUGGGGAUUAUGAACAGAGGCACUGCUGGGGGGCGGUGAACGCGCAGUAUUAUCGAGCGCUCGACGCGAUGGAUCCGAGGAACUGGGCGAACAGCGCGCUGAGCGCGCUCAUCUUUCCGGAACGCCUGACGGACGGGAAAGGUUACCUGAACGUGACGGAGAACGAAAAUUUUAUCGAUGAGAUUUUGGAGAGCGUGGAGUGGGGGAGUAAGCUGAUCUUGUACGACGACGUCGGGGGAGUGCUCGGUGAGCCUGGCGUGAACUAUGAGAACGGCGUGCAGACGCCGUCGCUCAUGGCGCUGUACGAGCUCGCGGCUCGAGGAUGGGGGACAGAGAAUCUCCUGCACAUGGCGGGUGGACUGACGUACUGGGAUGAGGUCGAGCAGUUCGACUGCGGUGAGAUUCCAAAGGACGACGCGUGA